UUUUGUGAUAGGGUUACAUCAGAUGGAGAUUUCAAGUGGGCUUUCCUUUGAAUUGAUCAUGAAAUAUACAUAAAAAUUAAUAGGAUUCACAGAAUUGUGUCAAAGUUUGGAUGGUUUGGAGAUUCUUGCGUGACACCGAACUCAUCAGUUAGGAAUUUUGAUAGACAAAUUUUUGCUUUAUUUACAUAUGGGGACUAGAAGAAGGGAGAUCGUGGCAGUGUUUAGCGAAGUGCUAUGAUGCAAAAAUGGCAGAUAUUACUUUCUGUUCUUGUUUGACAAUAUCAUAAUGUAAUGACUUAUUUAAUCGCGUGAAGUAUUAUCGGGGAUUCGUACGUAUUACGGAAUCUUCGCCGAAUAAUACAGUGCGCGUUAUAUUUAUAAAAAUGACAAAUGUCUGGCGAUUGGAUACUUUGCCGUCUGAGAUUCUUAUAAUAAUAUUUGAUUAUUGUCAUGCAUUCGAUCUGGUUAGGCUCAGCGAGGUGUGCAAAAGGUUUUAUAAUAUUGUUCAAGAUGAUACACUCUGGAUUAAGAAGUCGAAACUGCCUCUUGUUACGAAUCAAAUAUCUAAAAGGUUUCGCGAUAGAUGCAACCCAUUGCUUUGCCUGCGGCAGAAAUGGCACGUUUCUCGAAAUUGGGAAUGUGGAAGGUAUAUGGAAAGGACUCUUUUUUGGGAGCGAUCAAAGUUGAUGCCCUGGAUACAGCUGAAGCAAAAUAGUCUCUGGUGGGGUGCUAACGUCCAAAUUCUUGGCUACAGGCGCACUGAAUACUUUGAUGCAUACGAUUUUUUUCAUAAUUCUAUGUAUUCAAAGGAUGUAUGCAAAUUCGUUGUUAAGGAUAACUAUGUUAUCUCUGGUCAUGUUGAUGGAAUGUUAGAAGUACAGGAGAUAAGAGGAAAAGGAUCAUUUUCUUCGAGAAAUGCCCAUAAUUCUGAUAUCAAUGCCGUAGAUGCAACAGACUAUGUUAUUCUCACUGGCUCCAAUGAUGGAAAUGUUAAGGUUUGGCCUAUAGGCAUGCAUAUGGAUGAUAUUUCUGUACCUUACGGAACUAUUCCGAUAUUUCCAUUCUCAGCCCAUAUUCCACUUUCGGACAGAGUUUGGUCCCUUGCAGCUGAUCCUACAGGGGUAAAAUUUGCAGUAGGGUUGUCUGGAAACAAAAAUAAGUCACCACUUCAUAUAUUUGAUAUAGAAUGUUAUAACGAGUCAGAUGUGUUGAGACAUUGUUGGAGGAAAGGUGCUGGAGUUUUAGGUAUAGUUUGGGAAGAUCCAAAUACUCUCCUAACCUGUGGUUAUGAUACAUAUGUAAGGAAAUGGGAUCUAAGGACCGCAUUAUGUGUAAAUUCCUGGCCAGAUCCUACGGAUGCAACUGUAUAUUGUCUGUCAUCAGAUCAUGCUUACACAAUGGUUACUGGAACGCAGUAUCAUAGCAAAGCUGUUCUCUGGGAUCAACGUCAAAAAAAUUUUGUACAGAUAUAUUUUGUUCAUGAGAGUUAUGAAUCCAGUCCCAUCUACAGUAUAUGUUUUGACAGUACACACUUGUAUGCAGCUACUGAUCAACAUUUUAUUCAGUUAACAUUCUCAGGACAUUCCUACGAUGAAAUGAAUUAUCGAUACAUGCUUGAUGCUCCAAAAAUAAAAUGCAGUAAAACAGAUUGACUAAGAAUGAAAAUGUUCACUACUGAAAGGUUCUCGAUCCAGAAUCCCUUUACUACUGAUUGUGAGGGUCCUCACUAUAGUUACAUCGUGAUAAUUGAGCGCCCCUGAAGAUUGCCAACAAGUGUAUGUAUAGAUGAAGUCUAUCCCAGGCGAAAAUUUGGCCUGUAGAAGAAAAAUACGAAAGAACAGAAAGUUGUUUGUCUGAGCCAGGUUUAACAAAUCAAAAACGUGUCUUGUACACGUUAUAUGAUUGGCUUAUGCAGAUGGAGAUUUCAAAUGCGCUGGAAAUUAUUACUUUACAAUUGAUCAUGAAUUGCAUACCAGAUUAGUAGGUUUACAGAAUUGAAUAUGUGUGGUAAAAAGUGGAUGGUUUGAAGAUUAUUUGGGGACACGGGAUUAUGAAUUAAACAUUUUGAUAAACAAAUUUUUGUUUUAUUUACUCGGGAAAUUGAAGAAUGGAGAUGGUGGGAGUGUAUAAUGAACUGUUAUGAUGCAACAAAUGGCAGAUAUUACUUUCCACUCUCAUUUAACAAUGUCAUAAUGUAAUAACAUAUUCAAUCGCGUGUAUUAUUACUGCAGAUUCGUGCCUGUACGGAAUCUUUGCCGAAUAAUACAGUGCGCGUUAUAUUAAUAAAAAUGACAAAUGUCUGGCAAAUGGAUACUUUGCCGUCUGAGAUUCUCAUAAUAAUUUUCGAUUAUUGCCAUGCAUUCGAUUUGAUUAGGCUCAGCGAGGUGUGCAAAAGGUUUUAUAAUAUUGUUCAAGAUGAUACACUCUGGAGUAAGAAGUCGAAACUGCCUCUGGUUACAAAUCAAAUAUCUGCAAGAUUUCGCGAAAGAUGCAACCCAUUGCUUAGCCUGCGGCAGAAAUGGUACAUUUCUCAGAAUUGGGAGUGCGGAAGGUAUAUCGAAUCGCCUAUCUUUCGGGGUAGAGAAAAGGGGAAGGCCUCCAUACAGCUAAAGAAAAAUAGCCUGUGGUGGGGCGAUGAUUUCCAAAUUCUAGGCUAUACUCGCUCUGAAUAUAUUGACGAAUAUGAUUUUUUGUAUGAUAUUAUGUAUUCAAGUCUAUUACACCAAUUUGUUGUUAAAGAUAACUAUGUUAUUUCUGGUCAUAUUGACGGAUCGCUUGAAGUACAUGAGAUAAAAGGAAAAGCAUUGUUUGUUUCAAGAAAUGCCCAUGAUUCUGAUAUCAAUGCUAUAGAUGCAACAGACUAUGUUAUUCUCACUGGCUCCAGUGAUGAAACCGUUAAGGUAGACAAAGGAUAUGAAUACUGAGCUAUAUUUCUAAUACAGACUGAUCUUUAUGCCAGGUUUGGCCUAUAGUCAUCGAUAUGGAUGAUAUUUCUGUGCCUAAUGGAUCUAUUUCAAUACUUCCAUUCUCAGCAUGUAUUCCACUUCUGGACAGAGUUUCUUCCCUCGCAGCUAACCCUACAGGGGUAAAAUUUGCAGUAGGAUUAUCUGGAAAUAGAAAUCAGUCACCACUUUGAAUAUUUGACAUAGAACGUUAUAACGAGUCAGAUGUAUUGAGACAUUGUUGGAGAAAAGGUAUUGGAGGAGUUCUAGGUAUAAUUUGGGAAGAUCUAAAUACUCUUUUAUCAUGUGGGUACGGUACAUAUAUAAGAAAAUGGGAUCUACGGACUGCAUCAUGUGUAAAUUCGUGGCCAGAUCCUAUGGAUGCAGCUGUAUUGUGUAUGUCAUCAGACUGUGCUUAUACAAUGAUUACUGGAACAGAGUCACAUAGCAAAGCUGUUCUCUGGGAUCAACGACAACAAAUUUUUACACAAAUAUAUUUUGUGGAUGAGGGUCAUGAAUCCAAUUCGAUCUGCAGUAUAUGUUUCGAUAGUACACAUUUGUAUAUAGCCACUGAUGAGCGAUUCAUUCAGUUAAAAUUCUCAAAUGGUUCGAGCACUGAAAUUGACUAUCGAUAUGUACUUGAUAAUAAAAAAUAAAAUGCAAUAGCACAGAUUAA